AUGCUGAAACAGAUACUGUCGAAGAUGUACAUAGAUCCAGAUCUGCUGGCAGAGCUCAGCGAAGAACAGAAACAGAUCCUGUUCUUCAAGAUGAGGGAGGAACAGAUCCGCCGAUGGAAAGAAAGAGAAGCAGCAAUGGAAAAAAAGGAGUCGAUGCCAGUGAAAUCCAGACCCAAGAAAGAGAAUAGCAAAUCUGUCCACUGGAAACUGGGAGCCGAUAAAGAAGUCUGGGUCUGGGUGAUGGGGGAACACCAUCUAGAUAAGCCCUAUGAUGUGCUCUGUGAUGAAAUUCUUGCUGAGCGAGCCCGGCUGACAGCAAAGCAGGACGCAGAAGAGCUCAGAAAAACUCAGUCCAAAGAAUUCACAAACAACUUGAAAACAGCAUCCCCUGGCAGUGAUUUGCAGACACCCAACUGGGAGACCAAGAACAUCAGUAAGAAAGCAGGAGAGGAGGAACCAGGGGAGGCCUCCAGACCAGCUCCCACCCUGGACAGAGAGGCAAUUAGAACACCCUCCAGUUCCUCAAGAAACAUUGAACAAAUGUUGGCAGAUUCUAUCAAUCGUAUGAAGGCAUCUGGAAUUCACCAGAAAAAAGAACCCAUGAAGAAAACACAAGAUGAAGAAAUAAAGCAAGAUGACGAGAAAACCAAGCAGAUUUAUAAGAACUGGAAGGAAGACUCGGAAUGGCAAGCUUCCUUGCGGAAAUCCAAAGCUGCAGACGAGAAGAGACGCUCCUUGGCUAAGCAAGCCCGAGAAGACUACAGGCGCUUAUCCCUAGUGGCCCAAAUGGGGAGAAGUGGUGAAGGGCGCCCAAGUAUUUCACAAAAACCAAAAAGACCCCCACUUCCACCCAAGCCUAUGUUCCUGAGCCUCCAAAUACCUUUAAGAAAUGCGAAUGUGAGGACAUCUUCCGGCUCCGCCCAGGAGAUCAUCCGCUGGUUUAAAGAGGAGCAGCUACCCCUGCGAGCCGGCUACCAGAAAACCUCAGACACCAUAGCUCCCUGGUUCCACGGAAUUCUCACACAGAAGAGAGCAGAUGAACUUCUGAGCACCUGUGCACCGGGCAGUUUUCUGAUCUGUGUCAGUGAAAGGAUUAAAGGCUACGUCUUGUCUUAUCUUUCUGUGGAUGGCUGUAAACAUUUCCUCAUUGACGCUUCCACCAACUCGUACAGCUUCCUGGGCAUGGACCAGCUGCAGCAUAGCACCCUGGCGGACUUGGUAGAAUAUCACAAGGAGGAGCCCAUCACGUCUCUGGGGAAGGAGGUCCUUCUGUACCCCUGUGGACAGCAGGACCAGCUGCCCGACUACCUGGAGCUCUUUGAGUGA